UCCUUCUCUCUCACAUCUCAAGUAUCCAUUUUUUCUCAGACUGGGAAAUCCAAGACCAAAAAAAAAAUGCUUCUUAGAAGCUCAUCAACGCCUAUACUGAACACGUGGAUCCCUCCACAUUCGAAAGAACCGUCACCAGAACCUGAAUCUUUACACCAAAUCCAAAAAUCCCGAUCCAUCUCGUUAACAGCGUCAUAUUCUAGUUCAUUUUCUUCCAUUUCCUCACAGGACCAUGAUUCUAUUAGGAGAAUGACAAGAGCCUUUUCCGAGACUGAUUUAAGAGACCUUUCAGUGCCAAAGAGAAAACCCAGUAACAGAAUCUUGAAUGGAAUCUCUGUUGACGAGGAAGUUGAAGAAGAAGUGGAGAAAAAUGUGUCAUUUUUGGAGAGUGGUUGGUUCUUUGAAGGAUGUGAGGUUGGAGUGAAGGGUGAGAGUGAUAGUGGGAUGUUAGGGGUCAUGGUGACGGGUGGUGGUAGUGAUGGUGGUGGAGGGAAGUUUUAUGGUGGUGGUGGGCCGGAUUUUGGUGAUGAUGGAGGGUCAGGGUUUGGGGAGUCUAAUAAGGGGAUUGAGAGUACUGAUGUUUAUUAUCGGAAGAUGAUUGAAGCUGAUCCUGGGAACCCUCUUCUUCUUAGUAAUUACGCCAAAUUCCUGAAAGAGGUUCGUGCGGAUUUUGUAAAAGCUGAAGAGUACUGUGGGAGAGCGAUUUUAGCAAGCCCCAAUGAUGCAGAUGUUCUUUCAAUGCAUGCUGAUUUAAUAUGGCAUAGUCAUAAGCAUGCUUCGCGGGCUGAAUCUUAUUUCGAUCAAGCUGUUAAAGCUGCCCCUGAUGAUUGCUAUGUGAUGGCAUCGUAUGCACGGUUUCUUUGGGACGCUGAAGAAGAAGAAGAGGAGGAGGAACAGGGAGAAAAUAUAAGAGAGUUGUUGCCACCAACUUUUUCCCAUGGAUCUACGCCUCCUCUCCCUCCUUUAGCUGCCGCAUCUUGAGAUCACCACCUCUGCCAAAAAUCUUGUAUCAAAGCUUAAUUAGACAUAUCCUCUGACCUUUGUUCAUAUAUCCUUUCCUUUUUGCAAUUUUUUUAGUAACCUUUUAACUGAUUAGCAAGCUUUGCUCGUCCAGCUAUUUAAUGUAGAAAGUAAAAUAAUAAUGUGUUUUAUGGAAACCUCUCUCUGUGCUCGGCUUCACACAAUUGUCAAUAUAGCUCCCGUGUUCUGGGAGGUAUUGCUGCUA